AUGUCACCCUCGCAGGUACCCCAGCCCGUCCAUGUCUUGUCCCCCGAUCUUGCCAGUUUACUCAGGAAUCGCGUGGAGGCUACACUGAGGGAGGAUUAUGGUGGCAUUUCGGAUGAUAUUCCCCUGGAAACCUAUCGCACCAAAAUUCCAUUAACGACCUACAACGCUUACGAGCCAUUCGCAGCUCAGUUCCUUGCAGAAAAUUGCCAGGAGGACGAUGUUCGAGAUAUGUUCUCGCCCGGUUUGCCUCAUAACAUAGCAAUCACGAGUUCGACCUCGAGUCCAAAGCCAAAGAUUUUCUGCAAGUAUCAGCAUCAGGGCUCGAUGCCCUAUGCCUUUGGCGAUGGAGGGGAAACCUUCUGGACCUUUUCCCUCCACUACCGUCAGUUGGUGAACAUCCAAAAUCGCGAUGGAGACAUCGUUAGAACAGUCCCCGCCGGUAUUGGGUCGUCUGGAGCGAUCCGUAUGCGGCACGGUUUGGAAGUAGAAAACGAUCACUUGAAUAUUAACUUAGCAACAAGGUUGAAACGGAUAUCUAUGCUCUUUUCUACGUCCGCAGUCGAUAUGAUACGAUAUAUGGAAGAAGAGUGGGAGAUCCGUAAUUGCAUUCCAUCGAGACAGGUGAACUUCCCCCUUGGGAUGGGAUCAAAGACGUUCGGGAGUACCUUCAACUCCAUUUUUCUCCUACGCCCAGAGCGCGCUGCUGAGCUCCGUGUAGUCGGUAAAGCAACGGACCGACCGGGCUGGCUGUUGAAAAUUUGGCCAAUGCUCAAGAAUAUUAUUUGUAUCGGUAGCGGUGUUUUCUCUGUCGGGGUUCCGAAGUCUACGACCCUUUCAGAUAUGAACCUUUUCAAAGUAACAUCACAAGACAUUAUCGAAUACCUUGACGUGGUCAAGGAAGAAAAUGCGUCUAGUAUUGUACCCCCCUGGCUAGUUGAGGUCGGAAAACAUUAUGAGAUUAUGUGCAUCAUUCGUGACGGAUUGUGGCGCUACCGUCUUGGAGAUGUCGUCGAAAUUGCGGGCUUUGAUCCGACCGAUGGCUCACCUAUCAUUCGUUACUUCGAACGACGCAAGUCAGUGUGCUGA